AAGAAUUUUAAACAAACACAGAUAAAAUGUAUUAAAAUGUAAUAGAAAUUACUAAAAAGUUGAAAUGGUUGAUUAGAAUUGCUUAAUAACAUUAAAAGAAACUUUUUCAAAAGUUGGUUGUAAGAAAAUGGCAGCAUUUUUGCAGCAGUCUUCCGCAAUGUUGGGUAAUCUCAAAAAAGCUUUGCUUGGAAAUCCGGUUACAAGAGAUUUUAAUGUUGGUGAUCAAGUUGCAAGUUUUGGACCUAGUCUUCUUUGGAAAGUAUUUGAUGGCAAAAAGAAAUCAACAGGACAGGAAGUUUCUAUAUUUAUUUUUGAAAAAAGCUUACUUGAUAAAUAUGAAAAGAGUGAGCGUGACAAUAUUAUUGAAAAAAUGAAGCAUGGACCACAGCAACUUACAAAGCUGCGCCAUCCUCGCAUUCUCACUAUUCAGCAUCCACUUGAAGACUCAAGAGAUUCAAUUGCUUUUGCUACUGAACCAGUCUUUUGUUGUUUAUCAAAUGUUCUAGGAAAGUAUGAUAACCUUUCCAGCCCUUUACCAAAAGGUCUUAAAGAUUUUGAGUUAUAUUCUGUUGAAAAAGUUUAUGGACUAUUGCAGAUUGCUGAAGGAUUAGCAUUUGUUCAUAAUGAUGCAAACAUUAUUGAAGGAAAUUUAACAUGUGACAAUAUUAUUAUAACAAAAGGAGGGCAAUGGAAACUUGCUGGAUUUCACUUUUCACUUCCAAAAAUGACUCAACUGACUUAUGAAUAUACCACUUGUGUUCCCAUAAUUGCUCGCCCAGAUCUCAAUUACUUGGCACCUGAAUUUUUAUUGCGUCAACCUAAUGAUGAAUUUCUUGAUUUGAGUGCAACUGACAUGUUUUCAUUUGGGUGCUUAAUCAGUGCUUUAUAUAACAAUUUAAAAACACCUUUUGAUACAGGAGAUAAUAUUGCAAUGUAUAAAAAAUGUCUGGAGCAGUUAAAUCGAUUGGGAAGAGAUCAGCUACAUAACAUACCUUUAAAUGUUCGCGACCACUGCAUUUUACUUUUAAGUCCUGCUUCACAUUUAAGACCUGAUGCAGCUUCAACAAUUACUCACCAGUUUUUUGAUGAUGUCUCUGCAAUGACAUUGAAGUACAUGGAUUCACUCGUUCAAAGAAAUGACAUGACUAAAUCACAAUUUUUCAAAAACCUUCAUCAUGUUCUAGACAAACUGCCAUUGCGUGUUUUACAUCAACGAAUUCUUCCACCCUUGUUUUUGGAGCUUGCUAAUCACAUGAUGAUUCCAUUUAUACUUCCUAAUAUAUUUAUUGUUGCUGAAAAGUCAACAAAUGAGCAAUACAUGAACAUUAUAUUCCCUGAACUGAAGAAGGUGUUUCCAGUAAAUAAGCCUGUUCAGGUGUUACUGUUAUUCAUGCAAAACAUGGAACUUUUAUUAAAAAUGACUGACAAAGAAGAUGUGAAAAGUUAUGUGCUGCCUCUAGUCUUUCGUGCUCUCGAAUCUUUAGAAACACAGAUCCAGGAGUUAGUGUUAAACAUCAUUCCAGAAUUUGUUCAUCUGAUAGAUUAUUCAUCAUUAAAAAACUCUAUUGUACCAAGAAUCAAAACUCUAGUUACUAGAAGCACAUCAUUGAGUGUUUGUGUUAAUGCACUUGUGUGUUUGGGAAAAGUUCUUCCUAAUUUUGAUAAGUUCUUGUUAAUUGAUGAAAUCUUUCCUAUGUUAUCUCAAGUCCCUUUUAAAGAUCCUGCUGUGCUAAUGGCUAUACUUGGUAUUUACAAACAGACAAUAUCAGAUAAGAAGAUCAAUCUUGAAAAGGAUUAUCUUGCAACUAUUGCAAUCCCUUUUUUACUACCAUUAUCUGUGGAACCAUCUCUCAACGUUCUACAGUUCAACAGCUAUAUGAGUGUCAUUCGUGAAAUGUUUGAAAGAGUUGAGCAGGAACAUCGCACAAAGCUUGAGCAACUCAAUAAAAUGCAAGAAGAACAAAGGUUGUCAUUGAAUUUUGUAAAAUCCUCAGAUAAAGAUGUGCAAAAUGCUACAAGCAAUACUGAAAUGUUGAUUUCUGGAAACUCAGCAACAUCUAACAAAAAUGGGAAUGCUGAGUUGGAGAUGAUAUUAGGCUUGAACCAAAAUUCAUCUGCUCAAGUGGAAUGUUUGAAAACCCAACCUAACACGGAUAGUGUUAUGUCUUCAAAAACUUUAGGUGGUCCUAUUAAGCAAUCACAAACAAUGAGCACAGAUUAUUCCAUCAAUUGUUUAUCCGAAAUGAAUAUUUCUCAAAUAAACUUGCAGAAAAAGUCUGAUACAGUGAUGUUUUCUCAACAAUCACUUCCAUACAAUUCUUCAAAUGCUAACAUGGCUCCGUCAAUAGAUUUUAACAAUUUUCGAUCUCGACCAGAAAUACCUUUAAUUCCAGCGCAACAGAACUAUAAUCAACCAAACUACAAUCAAGCAAGCUCUAUGCGUUCACAACCAAAUGCAAGUAUGAAUUUUACUCCAUUAAUCCAAAGCCAAAAUAAUUCUUUCAAGAAUGUCACAUCGAAUUUAAACCAAUCAUUUACCUCUCAGUAUCAACCCCAACAAAGGACUUUUAACGACUCCAUUAAAACCAAUAGUUUUGGUAACAUUGGACCUUAUGCACAAAACUUUCCUAAUUGUAAUAUAGUUCGACCUCAAAACAAUGUUGGUGUUAAUGCUGCAUCCACAUUACUUUUGUCUAAUAAUGCACUUCAACCUCCGAGUUCAGUUGAAAGUAAUGGAAGGUUUAAUUUAAGCGCAAAAGAUAUUAACGAUUUACUGCUGUAAACAUUGUAACAAUAAUAAUAGCACUGUUACAUAAAUAUUUUAUGAAUUUAUAAUAUUUUUUUA